GGUGACGUCAACACCGACAACUUGUCAAGACACACGGACAGAAAUAAUAGGAAAACAACCAACGAUAAAACAAAUACAGUAAUUUAUAAGCCACACCUUACAUGCAAUUAUGGCAGGAAGAGAUAUGGUUAAUGGUGGAGGAGAAGUCGAUACUUUUGAGAAAGAUUUGAAAGAAAUUUUAGAAGAUGGGCCAAACUUGAAUGACAUGCAUAACACAGUCCAGACGGGAUCUCCACAGAAAAUAAUGACAUCAUCAUAUCCGGGCGGAUCAGGUUCUUUUGAUAACACUGGAUCUUCUCAGCUACCUAGAUCUCAAACUAUGCCACCUGCAACAAGUCAUGUAUCAUUAUCAAAUAACCAGGCAUCCAGCAAUGGAGACUUCUUACCUAAAACUGUACAGACAGCACAAUCUAAAAUAGAAACCAUCAAAUCAUGGAGUGUCAACACCUUCAAAUGUACUAAACAAUACAUUGCUGAGAGACUGGGUAAAGGUUCAAAAACCGUUGAUCUGGAACUAGAAGCACAAAUAGAAGUAUUACGGGAUAUGCAAAGAAAAUAUGCUAAUAUAUUAAGACUGGCCAAGAACUUAAAUAGUCAUUUCUGUAAUGUUGUACAAACCCAGAGAGCAUUAGGUGAAGCCUUCUCAGAACAAGCUCAACGUUCUCCGGAACUUCAGGAGGAGUUUUCAUAUAACUGUGAGACACAAAGGGCUCUGGUCAAAAACGGGGAAGUAUUAUUAGGAGCAAUGAAUUUUUUCACAUCAACCAUUAACACUUUAUGUAACAAGACCAUGGAGGACACACUGUUAACAGUCAGACAGUAUGAAGCUGCAAGGUUAGAGUAUGAUGCUUACAGAAAUGAGAUGGAAGCUCUACAGUUAGCACCUAGAGAGUCAACAUCAGCUUCUAAAGUGGAUGGCUCCAAGAGAAAGUUUGAUGAACAUAAAGUCAAGUUUGAAAAGCUUAGAGCAGAUGUGUCUAUAAAACUUAAGUUCCUAGAUGAAAAUAGGGUAAAAGUCAUGCACAAACAGUUGUUAUUAUUUCACAACGCUGUAUCAGCUUAUUUUACUGGCAACGAUUCAGCAUUAGAGGCAACGUUAAAACAGUUCAAUAUAAAACUUAAACCAGCGAAUACAGAAAAACCAUCGUGGAUAGAACAAUAAUUUUAUUGUAGCUUUUUUCUGUUGAGAUUUUCUUUUUUGUUUUUUUCUUUUUUGAAGUAUUUAUUUUAUUCAUUUAAUGUUUUAUUUUAUGUUAUGUGAUACUUACAAAUCCCUAAUUAUGUCUUGUUAUUUUUGUCCAUUAUAUAUAUAUAUCAAUGUGAGGGAUAUAAUUCUGCUGAUUGGACAUUUAUUUGUUAAGAUUAUGUAACUUACAAUUAUGAAGUUAAUCUGUAUAAACACUUGGUAAUAUUUGAACACUAAUGGAAAUUCAAAUGGCUAAUUACUUGAUCAAUGUACACAUUUUUAUCUAUAUCUGCAAGAAGGAGUUUGUGAUAGUAAUUAUUGGUCCUCAGAAAUGGUAAAAAUCUUCACUCUAUUUUAUUGAUAUAUGAAUAGAAUGAUGCAGUUUGAUCACUUAAAUAUCACUUUUAUAUCAUAAGCAUGUUGAAAUUGGCAUAAUUGACCUUCAAAUGGCUACUUUACAAACUUUUUGGCAAAUUUUAAUAUGUGCCGGACCUUAACAUUUAAAGAUAUUUGACUUUAACGUCACAUCAUCUUUGUAUCAGAAAUCCUUUAGCAAAUUUUGUCUUUGGUAAAAAAUGUUGAAUAUGAAUACGAAAGUUUUAUUUUGAAUCGGUUAACGUAUAAAAAUACAAACAUAAUGCUCUCAACCCUUUCCUCCAUAGUGACGACUUUUGACACCUGUGUAGUACCUCAGUUGAAACGCUUUGACUACAAAGUGUCUACAGUAGACUUAAUAGAAUUUGUAUCCAAUAUAAAAAGGAAUACCGUAGGAAUAUCCAACUUUAAUUCAUUUGAUGAAAUAUUUGUUUUUCGCAAUGCAUUAAUACUUUAAAGCACAUUUAUAGCAUUUUAUUGAAAAAUUCAUAUGCAAAUCAAGUAUGCAAAAAAAAAUUCAAUUGAGGAAAGGCUUAAGAGCUUUUUACCAAAUAUAAAAUAGCAUAAACACAACAUUAAAACACAAAACAUGCAGACAAGAUAUAUAACAGCACAGGCAUAUUGAAAAACUUGCAAUGCAGUACUUAAAUUUUUUUUCUCCUAAUAUCCAAAUCUUAAAAAUCAGGUUAUGUUGGCGAUCUUCCAAAUCCAACUGUUUAGAUGGUAUUUAUUGAGAACAGAUAAAUUAUUUUGAUUCUGGGAUUAAUUUACUCUUUAAUUUCAAGGCUCCAUAUUUAUUUACAUUUUCUUACUUUCUCCGCAGAAGAAAAGUUUUUAAAUAUUUUUAUUUCUUAAUAUUGUAUUUAAGAUAUUUUUCUUUCUUAAAAUACAUUAUGGUGAAUUAAAAUCUGAUAUAUUUGAGCAAGUUUUAUUUUAUGCUGAAUUGAAUAUUUAUUUACAUAGUGAAACCAAGUUGAUAGUGUUGUCUAAAGUGGUUAUUAGUGGUUUGCAUAAUUAACACUCAAAAAUAAUUAAGUAGUUUAUUUAUUUAUUUAUUAAUUAUUGCAAUGUAAGUAAUUUUGUUAAAUGUUUAAAAGAUGUGACUGUCACAAUAAAUCCAGUCCAUGUCUCCAAGCACACCAGGGGUUAAAUAGAUGCUAGUAGUAUUUUUGAAAAAAAUAACCAAUAGAUUUUAACUAAACCAUCAAUACUGUUUUUCAUUAAUUAUUGUAGCAGACUAGGAUAAUGUGCAGAUUUAACAUUAAGAUAUAAUUUAGAUAAUAUCUCUCCUGGGCAUCUAGGAUUUUCAGAUUAUUUUAAAGAUUAAACCAACAAAUGCCAUAUAAUUACAUUAAAAUUGAGUUCUUAUACAAUAUUGAACCAGCAAUAUUGGUUAAGGACAUGGGAGUCAUUUAGAAACUCACAACAAUUGUUAAUGAUAUUUUCAAUGUCAUUUAUUUUGUAUAUAGAUAUAUAUAUAUAAUGCAUAAUUGAGAAUUUAGCUAUUCACAAAAGUUGUUUAAUUAUUCUCAGGAUCUUUUACAACCAAACUAUUUCAGUAAAAUCCACAUUUUUAAUAUGCAUAUGGUUAAUUUAUUAGUUGGAAAAUUAAAUGAAGACAUAACAUUAUAACAAAUUUUAAAUUCAAUGAUUUUAAUUUGGUUAGAUUUGAGAAUAAGUGAUGUAUUUUUGUAGAUCUAAACUUGCAUUCAAAUUUAUAAUGCUAUUUAUUAAAUACCAAGAUAAGUCAAAUCUGUAAUAAAGAAAAAUUCCAACCUGAAAUUGUAAAAAAAGUUAUUUCAUGUCAUUAUAAAUUAUUAUUUUGGAGGUACUGUAUUAUAGAUGUAAUAUAUUACAAAAAUAUAUAUAUACUGCAAAUUGGGGGAUGUGAUACUAGAUAAUUUCCCUUUAUUUUUAUUUUUUCCUCUAAGGAACUACUAUAAAUUAUUGAAAUAUUUCUUGAUUUUGGUAUUUUUAAGGCGUUUUUUUUUAACAUACCAAAAAUAUUGGGAAGGGAAUUUGGAGAUUUUUUGUUGAUUAAAUGAUGUUAUAUUUCAAAUAUUAAGGUUUAAGUUAACAUUCUGUGAUACUAUAGAUAAAUGAAAAUUCUUACUUGUAAUAUUUUUUUCUACAACAAUAUCACAAGGACGCAAAAAAGUGGAAAUCUUGGUAAAACAAGAAUAGGUGAAAGAUAUUUCCUGAUUUCUCCAUUUUACUAAAUUUUCACCGACUGAUAAUUUUCUUUCUCAGCACAGUAGACUGUUGUGAAAAAUUAUCGCUAGAAACUAAGGGAGCAUGUGUCGUUAUCAAAAUUAAUAACGUUGUCGUGAUAAGCAGAUUGUCAUUGGUCAUCUUAACUUGAUUGCUUUUCUCACUUCGGCGUACUGGCUAGAGCGAAAAAAUCAAUCUCAUUAAGAUGAACAAUUAUAAUCUAUAAAUACACAAUCAUCAGCUGUUUUCAAGACAGUCGUACCCAUAAUCAAUAAAGUGCAAUACUGCAGUCAAACUUCCUAGAUUACAGUGCUUGCUUAGCUGUAAUUUUAAAAGCUAGUUAUAAUGCUAAGUAUAUAGAUGCUUAAGAACUUAUAUUAAACUACUGACACCUGUAUAAAAUGCUUGUGUACAUAUAUUUAUCCUGUCAGUAGUUUAAAUGCUUUUGUAUUAUAAAUUCUGUUAUUGGGACCAAACUGAAUUUUAUGAGUUGUGAAAUGUAUGAGAAAUGGCUGAUCACUCAAAACACAUUGUAGAAUAUUCAUUUAUCAGUACAGAAAUUAAUAAUAUAUAAUAUUUCUCAACAAUUGAACAAUAUAUGAUUAGUUGGAAACAGAAAAGCUUGUACAUUUGACUCUUUGAAGUAUGAACAAUAGAUCCAACAAUGUGAAAUCCAAAUGUAUUUAAAAUAUGCUAGUCAUUGGUGGAGGGACUUUUGUUUGAGCUAAAGUGAAUAAGUAUAUGUUGUUACAUUAAAAAUUUCAAAAAUGCCAUUAUUUGAAUAUUUCAUUUCAGUUCUAAACAUAACAUGAACAAUACUAAUAAUUCAACCAAUAAAUAAACCUAAUGUAAAAUUAACACAAACUUUAUUUGUUGUCUCUUUGACACAUUCUCGUUUUCAUUUUCAUUUCUAUUGAUGGUUCAUCUGGCAUAUUUUGGCCAUGCUAGCUGUUGCUGUUGUUUGACAACUUUUGUAAAAAAAAGAAAUACUGAUCAUCUGUAUCUUAACUUGGUCCGAGUUAUUCCUAAAAUGUGCAUAAAAGUAAUGUCUGGUUAUGCUAGGGUAAAGCCAUUUUGUGAUUCUGUAGGUUAAAAUAUCCAUCAAUACUAAAACAGAAUGGUAAUAGCUUAAUUUGAUUAUUUUCUUCUCUGAAAAUAAUCAGCCAUAAUUACAAAAGGGUUGGGAAUUAGUUCUUUAAUUUCCCUCUCAGAAUUUUGACCCCUACCUUCCAAAGAGCACAAGUAUGUUUUGAAGUGACUAAAACAAAAUAAAACUUUUUUUUUCCCCUGUGCACAUAGGAAUAUGACUGGGCUGAGUUUUGAUACACCAAGUGUUAGAACAGUAACUUACAUUCAUUUAUGAAUAGGACCAUUUAAAUAAUUAGUUUCCAUACCAUGUAUUUUGAUAGUUCAAGACAAUAAGUCUUUCAAAUCAUUAUUUGAUAUGUUGCAUUGUUUUCAUAGAUCAUGUUCAAGAAUUUCAGCAUACUGUGUUGUCAUAAAUGUGAAAAGAAAGAAUUCCAUCCAUAUGUAAACUAAGUAGUUUUAGUUGAUGAUUAUUUAUUUUUCCUGAAUAGGUUGUGAAUAAAUUUUAAAAUGCAAUUGUGAUACUUUCUUCCUACAAGGAAAAUGAAAACAUUAUGUUCAUUAUCAGUAAAACCAAACAAUUCAUAAUUCUUAGACUCAUGGUAGGGUUUAAUCAAUUUUGCUGUAUUGAAAGGAAGGAAUUGAUGAACAUUCUUAAAUUUUUAUGGAUAAAGCUAUGUCUCUGCAUUCCUGUAGCUGUAAACAUUUAUUGCUUUAAAAGUGAGUUUUUUUAAGUUAGUCAGUAGUAAAGCAAUGAAAAAAGCUUAUGGAAAUACUCAAAUAUCCUUAUACUGGGUAAAAGAAGGGUUUCAUUUAGAUCUUGUUUUGAUAGAAACUAUGACACUAUAUGUCAUGACAUUUUAAUAAAUUUAUAUAAGAAUAUAAUAUGCAGUGCUAUACAUAUAGUUUUCUUUUUUUUCUGUCUAAAUCAAUAAAUCUGUUAUAAUAUGGUUGUGUAAAGCAACAUCAAACAAUUAAUCCCUGUCUAGAUAGUAAAUUGACUGCCAAAAAAAUAGUUUAAAAAUACUUGAAUAUGCAGAUUAUGUAUAGCGUUUUUAUUCUAAAAAUUCAAAUUUCACUAUUUUGUUGAGAUUUGGAAGUUGUCUGAAAUCAGCAAUAUUUCUCAGUUGUAACUUAUAAGUAUCAUAAUGAAAUUAAUUGUACAUUACAAACAUUAAUAAGGUAAAGGAAAUAUAUCCAUGUCUACGAAUAAAAGGAUCAUGUGACACCCUGCAGCAUGUUAGAAAACAUCUCAUUUCAUUGUACUCCAGUUUUAUUUCAUGUAUGUUUGAACACUUUAUCAUGUGUAAAUAAAUGUUAGCAAUUCAUGUGUAUCACAAUGUGAAACAAGCUAUCAAUGGUAUCUUAAAUAAAAAAAAAUGAGGAUAA